UAAAAAUAUAUAAAAAUGAGAGAGUGGGGAUGUCCUGCUUCAGAGCGGGAAUCUUCGUUGCGCCAGCGACUAAAAAGAGAAUUAAAUAUGGGUGAUGUUGAGAAAGGCAAGAAGAUUUUUAUUAUGAAGUGUUCCCAGUGCCACACCGUUGAAAAGGGAGGCAAGCACAAGACUGGGCCAAAUCUCCAUGGUCUCUUCGGGGGGAAGACAGGUCAGGCCCCUGGAUACUCUUAUACAGCCGCCAAUAAGAACAAAGGCAUCACCUGGGGAGAGGAUACACUGAUGGAAUAUUUGGAGAAUCCCAAGAAGUACAUCCCUGGAACAAAAAUGAUCUUUGUCGGCAUUAAGGAGAAGGAAGAAAGGGCAGACUUGAUAGCUUAUCUCAAAAAAGCUACUAAUGAGUAAUAAUUGGCCACUGCCUUGUUUAUUACAAAACCAAUGUCUCGUGACUUUUUUAUGUGUACCAUACUUUAAUAGAUCUCAUACACCAGAAUUCAGAUCAUGAAUGACUGACAGAAUAUUUUGUUGGGCAGUCCUGAUUUAAAACUACGACUGGCUUGUGGUUAAAUGAAUAUGUUCAGUUUUUGAAUUUUAAUAGUAAUUCCAAUUCAGUAAAUGCUAUCACUGUUUACCCUUUCUAAAGAUAUGAUUAGACUUUGUUAGUAAUGUUCAACUUUUCACAGAGAUGGUGAGUGCCAUCUUAAAACUUACUGGAGAUUAGUUUUGUAUUUAGAUUUAUAUAGCUGGUUAUGUGAAUAUAUUUAAAUACUGGGGAAAUUCCUUCACUGUCUCAGAACCAAGCAAGAUUCACCUGUGUUUUGUGUUCAUUUGCCUCUUAAAGGCAAGGGUUGAAGAUAAAUAAGGUAGCAAUGUCUAGAGUUUUGGCCUUAACGAUGCCAAUCUAAUUAUAAUUCCCUGUAUUUAAAAUGGUUCCUUGUACUUAUUGAAAGGCAUUUUAGUAUGGUUUAUGUGUAAUAUUGAAGAUUAUUCAACAC